GUCGAACCAAAGCAGCACUGAGUAUAUACGAUCUCUUACGUUUUCUAAUACAUUCAAGAAGGGAUUUUAGUAAAAAUCUAGCACGUGUCUGUUAAAUACUUAUAGAUAAAACCAUGGCUCUGGAUAUGUCAGACAUAGAUUCACUAGAUGAAGAUCUACGGGAUGAUUAUACACCACUUUACUUCUGCUCUGGCUUACUUGCGGUCUUGUUCUUACUGAGUACGCUAGCUUUAACUCCAGCAGGUCUUUUCACUAAUCACUGGGCUUCAGAAACAAACAAAAAUAUUUAUCACGACGAACGGGAUGUAACCUGGCAUGGGAUAAAAGAUGAAGUUGUUUAUAUAUUUGAAGUGACAGCAUUUAGUUUCAUAUUUGUGCCUCUCAAAUGCAUAUUGUAUGUACCAUGCUGCUGCGAUGACUGGUGUGCAGGGAUAUUUACGGUUUUAAUGAUGUGCUACGGUGUUUCUGCUUUUUUCAGCUUCGUAGGAUGUUUGAUACACGCCAGUCAGUACUCUACGUCUCAGCUCGGUUAUUCUUUCUAUCUUUGUUUAACGCCCGGAAUCCUUUUACUGCUGUUUAUUGUCUUCUUCAUAAUAUUGCAAGUCGCUGAAAAUCAGAGUAACAAAGUAACUGUUAAGAUCAACACCUCUAGUUCUGUGAGUAUCCGACAGUCUGUGGAACCAUCAAGUGUAAGCCACAGACAAGCGCCAAUGGAUGCACGUAAUGUUGGUACAAGUGUGUUUGCCAUAAUGCCAGCACAUGGUCAAGUUUCAGGACGGCCACCAGCAUACAACGAAGUACCAGGUAUCAGAAAGUUCUUCAAAAAGCCUAACCUCUAGAUAAAAAGAUAACAGAAAAAAGUAUCACGUGCGCUGCACAUAUAUAACAAAUGGCUUUAUGAUAAAGAUAUUCCUAAUUUGCGUGAAGUUUUCAUGUCAUCUCGAAUUUAAAGGAACCGAUAAUGCUUUAGAGUAAUAUGUGUGUGUGCACCAGUAGAAAUACGUUAGCCGUACGUUUGCAAAUCGAAAUGCUUUUUAUUUAAAGUCGAUAUUCUUCUGUUUUCAUCGCAUGACUAUGGUUCCAUUUAGGUUUUGUUUUACUUGCACACACUGCGACGUAUAUAUAGACGGGACUUCAAAUUUACUUCGACACAAAAGAAGUAGAAAUGUAUCAAAUUUGAAUUAAACGGAGUGAAAUUACAAACAAUAAAAAGGACUUUUGACGGGAUUUGAAACAUUAUCCGAGAUAGCAAGAAAUUUUCGACAUAUUCGUGUUGGAGAUCAUACCGAGUUCAUUUGCGCUCAGUGUUUUAUUUGCCAGUUAUUUUUAGUUAUUUUGCAUGUCAUAAUUUCUUAACUUUUGUAUUAUGCUUGUUUGCUCAAGUUGAAUAAAGUUGGACCCUAAUGUGGAGGAAUCGUUGAAAACAAAUCUUACUUGAAACAGUCUGAGUUUUUAUUAAUAGAAGUUCCUGAAUUUUCUUUUCAAUAUCCGAUCAAUGCCGAAAAGAUAUCAAAAAAAUGUUAAUUUCUAGAAAUAGCAGCAGCCAUAUUGAAGUUUAGAAAUGUAGCUGCACUCUUGAAAAAUGUAAAUAUCCAUCAAAGACUCCUAGAAAUGAAAAAGAUUGUAUUUGUUUGAUCUUUACCAUUAUGUCUCGAAAUAAGACCCAUAUUGAAAGUAUGUUAUAUUAAAAUUUGUUAUUUUUUACAUCGCCUUGAAAACAAAACAACUGUGAUAUUUAUGUAUUUUAAAAGUCUAUAACUUUCUCAUUGUCCGACAAAUAUGAAAUUAAAUCACAACUGUUACACAUUAAAUUUAAUGAAUACUAUAAAUUUAUUUGUUUUAAAGUUCAAUUGCUCAUACAUGUAAAACAGACUACUGGCAAGAUAAGCAAUUGAAUUUUAG